AUGUGGGAACUAAAUCAACUGAAAGGGCUGACACGGUUUCAUUUUUUUCUGCUUUGUUAUAUUGCAAAAAUAUGCAUGGCUAAAGAAUGUGUACAAUUUGUGCAGGGUCUGAUUGUACUCACCAUCCAAGCUCGUGAUCCUUCAUUAAAGCCACCAAAGUGUGACCGAGACACUCCGUGUGAAGAGGUUAAUGGUGCCAAAGCAGCAAUGUUGUUUGUUGGCCUCUAUCUGGUGGCUUUGGGGGUUGGAGGAAUCAAAGGGUCACUGCCGGCACAUGGUGGUGAGCAAUUUGAUGAAACCACCCCAUCUGGGAGAAAACAGAGAUCAACCUUCUUCAACUACUUUGUCUUUUGCCUGUCAUGCGGUGCCCUUAUUGCAGUUACUUUUGUUGUGUGGAUUGAAGACAACAAAGGGUGGCAAUGGGGUUUUGCAAUAUCUACUAUUAGCAUAUUUGUAUCUAUCCCAGUUUUUCUUGCUGGUUCAGCUACUUACAAGAAUAAGAUCCCUUCAGGAAGUCCACUUACAAUCAUUGUAAAGGUAAUUAAUGUUCCACCAACCUCUAAUUAA